AUGGAAGAUAAUACAAGUCCUAGUAAUAAGCAAAUCGCAGGUCAAAAUCGUCAACGAUUGAUUAAAAAACGAACCUCUCAAAGCUUCGAAGAGUACGAUUCCACCACUAUUUCGGAGAAAAUGGACCUCUACAAUGGUCACAAGUCUGCGCAGACUGUUCGCAAUCCACUGGUUCAGAAAAAAGGCAAAAUAAACUACAAAACUCUUGAAAAAAUCCUUUCAUUCGACAAUACAAAUAACUUUGAAUCCUGCUUUCUCAAUCAUCUAUUACCAAAGGGUUUUGCAUAAAAUUAAAAGCUUGAAGAGGAAUAAAAAGCCCAAGCUGAGGAUCCCUUUCUCAUUGAGGAAGAGGAAGAUUUAUAGUAGUACGAUGAUUAGAACUAAGAUAGAGGGUUUAAAGAAAACUUUAUAUUCACAAUCAAAAUUAAUGACCAGGAUGAGGACAUUUAUCGAUAAGAAGAAUUAUUAAGACUUCAACGUGAGGAACAAAAAAAUUUGAAAGUCAUAAAACAAAACAAAAAUAUGGAUCAAAUUGUUGAAGCAUCUUAUAACAAAGAAAUUGGAUCCUACGAUUAUUCACAAAAGAAGGAUGGAGGCCCCAUUUUAACCUCUUAGAAUAACUUUUCGUAAUCUUAAAAUGAAGAGUUAAAAUAGGAUGCCAAUGAAAAUCCUUUUGACAGAGAUCUUGUUGCUAUAGUCUCAGAGAACUAAAACGAGAUGGUUAACAAAAUAGAAUCUGGUAAUAAUUAGAAUGUCUAUGGUCAUUAGCACUCUUUAUAGCGAAUGGAUACGCCUAUGUUUGUCAACGCUACCAGACAGACCAAUUUGUGCAGUAAGAAUAAAUAAGCUCUCUUUCUAGAGAACGGUCAAUAACUUUCAGUCCUUAAUCUUAAUUUUUCACAUGAUCCAAGGGAAAAAAACUCUAGGGACAGAGGUAAUAGCUUUAAUGCAGGUACAAAUGAGGAUCAUAGCUGGGUAGAGAGUAAAUUAGAUAUUGACAUGCGUAAGGUAUUCAGAAACUAGCUCGAAAUAACUUAAGAUUUUAAGGUCCUAUAUUCAGUUAUUGAGGAGACAAAAUGUCUAGAAGAACCUCCAUAUCCAAAAAUUACUCAAAGAAAGUUCACCUUAAUCUUCGAGUUGAUUGAUGUAUUGAUAAAAAUAGUUGAUACUACCAACGAGAAUUUUUUUUUGCAAGAUAUUACAAUAUAGGAGAUAACCUAUGACAAGAAAACUUCUGAAAUUGUAACAAUAAAUUAUAGUUUAAUACCAUUAGAUGCUAAUUAAAUAUCUUCAAUAACCUCUUGUGAAAUGCUUAAGAGAUCUCUAAGCAUAUUGUGA